AGCAACCUAGAGCUGCCCUGGAUACACAGUCUCCAGCCUUGUAGCUCUGUUUGUUUUGGAGUUUUAUCAAGAAGGGCAGGAUGGAGAGCUCUACUUGCGUGCUGAGGAGAUCAGGCACACGCCCCGACCUUUCUCCCAGCCAAUGGCUCUCACAUGUGGGCAGGCCUUGAGCCUGGAGACCCACAGACACACUUAGAUGAUUUUACGGAAAUCAUUCGGCCAGCCUACUCCGAUGCACUGCCUCCCAGCGCCACAGACAUGGCCAACAGGACCAACGCCUCCUCCCUGUACUACAGCUACGAGUACUACAUGGAUUACCUGGACCUCAUUCCCGUGGAUGAGAAGAAGCUGACAGCCAACAAACAUUCGAUUGUCAUUGCCUUCUGGCUGAGCCUGGCUGCUUUUGUGGUGCUUCUCUUCCUCAUCCUGCUCUACAUGUCCUGCUCAGGCUCCCUGCACGGGAGGAACAACGGCCACCAUCACCCCACAUGCUCCUGGAGUCAUGGCCUCCAUCUCCCCCUCUGCAUCCGGAGGUUCCUGCGGCGUCACAGGGCCCCUGGGGCCACCCCGCAGGCUUCACCAAGCUCAGUCAAGGAGCCAGGCAGCACAGCACGUGGCCCCCAUCAUCCGCUGCAGGAGGGCCCCUGCACUUCACCCCCCACCCGUCCCACCCCCAGGCCCAGCCUGCUCUCCCCGGGGAACUGGCCCUCGACGGGGACCCACAUGCCAUCAGCUGAUGUCAGCAACAAGCCCAGGGAGCCUCCCCUUGGAGACAGAACCUCUCGAAUGCAGAACUGACACCAGCAAACCAUGGCCAUUGCCGAGUGAGCCGGUAAACGCAAAUCAUCCUGCACACACCUGUGCCCUCUGGAAGCCUGUUUACACGUUGCAGGAAGUGCAACAAGGUGAAGAAUGACUCUACAGGAGGCACACACUUUGCCAUUUAUCCAAGGCUUGCAAUAGCCCAUCCAGCACAGAGAAGUAGCCCCGAACAUUGCAGAUCUUACUUAGUGCACUUACCUCUUUACUUACUACCUAUGUUCACUUUGGGAAAGGUAGAGAAAUAAAAUAUACAUAAGAUGAAGAAAUAUUCACUCACUAAUCUUUACUAUGCUACUUUUAGCUUCAACUAUUACUGCUGUGGUGUUCUAUCGAGCUUGAGUUCACUUGGCUGAUCUUUUUGAGGACAUCCGGGGAGGGCCUGAGAAGUCCCACCCACCCCCCACUGAUGCCCACUGUUACCAAAAUGGGACAGUGUGUGUCCUGCCAGGCCAGCAGACUGCGGUCAAGGGACCCAUGUCACACUUCUGACCUCCCCAGAGCCUUUCCAAGACAGAGCCAAGGACGCAUCUCCCCUGGAGGGAGCAGCCAGGCUCAGCAGGCAUGGCCUAAGCCCAAGGGGAAGAGUCUGCCUCCAAAUGCUGCCGCUCGGCAUCUUUAAGCUGGUAGGAAGGGUCCCAUCCUGGAUGUGACUUCAUGUGACUUCUGAUCUGAGACCUGGUCCUUUAGUGCCCAACAGCCUGACCCUGGCAGGCAGGCACCAGAGCACAGAAAAAUAAUUCCCCAAGGUGAGCGCCGGGUUUGGCCCCACCGGACUCGGGGGCAGUGCGUUAGGAGAAAGCGAGGGGAGACUGAGCUCCAGAAAAGAGGGAGAGAAAGGAACAAGUGGCCUUUCUAGCUUGAAUCCACCUGUAGGACUCCAACUUCAAAAGGGAAGAGGAGAGGGGAGGUGACUGCUUCCAGACAACGAGCCCUAUCUGUGGUAAGGGGCUUAGAUGAAGACUUAUUCUUGCCUUGGUUAAAAAUAUUGUUAAAAGCAACAGAAAAGAGUCCGAAGAAUACUGGAGGUACAAAAACGUGCAAUGCUGAAGCCGAAACCAAGCCAUUCUCAGUACUGUGUAUAUUAUACGGGCAAAUAAACAGCCACCUCCCAGGCGGCAGACAGGGAAUGCCACUGCCUGACACGUGACGACGGCCGAGCAGACCCUGGGGGCCACGGUGUGCAGGAGGCAGGAAACCGAGUCAAUGCACACAGCGUGUCCUGUGCAUGCACCGGCCAGCAGGGCAGCACGUGUCGGGGGCAGGGCGGCGAUGUCCCUGCAGAGCAC